GAGAGAGCGGACCGGGAUCCAGAGCGGACCGGGAUCCAGAGCGGACCGGACUGUCGGCGCUGUUCUGCAGAGGUUUCAGAGCCGAGAGGCUCCAGACACACCGAGCGGUUCGUUGCCGCAGAGCCGGUUUGGGGUGGACUCCUGACGCCCGCAGCUUCCCCUGCGUUCCGCUGAACGGCGGAGGACUGACCGGAGAGCAGCUGCAGCGGACCGACUCAGGGACAUGUACCAGGUCCAGGGGAAAGGGGAAAGGGUCGUUGCCAUGGUGCUGAAGGAGCUUCCUGGUAAAAAGACAUCCUCUGAAGGAAACCCCCUCCUCACCGUGACAACCAAGCUGGUCGGGGAGCAGCAGGAGAGUCGGCCCCUGCUGAGUCCCUCCAUCGAUGACUUCCUGUCAGAGAGUCGGAGCGACGCCCCCUGCACCCGACCCCUCACCUCCAACGCGGCAGUCCUGUCCACAGCUCUGGACCUGGUGGACCUCAGCGAGCCGGGGGAGAGCAGCGGGGGUAGUAAUGGUGGUAGCAGUGGCAGCAGUAGUGUUGCCGGCAGCGACAAGGACCGGCGGAGGAGUCCUCUGAGGAGGAAGGGCAGCUCGAGGAGUCCUCGACGCCGAGCGAGACCUGAGGAGACGGAACUGAUCCAGGUGGAGGUGGAGCACCUGCCUGCCAGUCCCAGAACACCUGAGAGGAUCUCACUGGACUCAGUCAGUCUGUCGUCUCCUCUGGACAAAUGGGACGAGGUGAACCUGGAUGUGGAGGACGGAGGACGCAGGAGGAGACAUGAGAAGAGAUGCACGUCCCAUCACUCGUCCAGCGAACUGCUGUGGUCUGCAGAGUUUAAAACUGAUCCGCUAACGAAGAACUCCUUCGACUUCCACAGCUUCGAUGAUCUGGACUUCGUAUCUUCAUCGCAGGACUGUGGGACGUCCAGACAGCGCAGACGGACUCGCUCCCUGUUGGCCAGAAACGAGUCUUUGGAGGACGAGUUUGUCAGAGCGAAGGCUGCUGUCGAGUCGGACACGGAGUUCUGGGAUAAGAUGCAGGCCGAGUGGGAGGAGCUCGCUCGGAGGAACUGGCUGGAGGAGUCUGAGGGUCAGCGGCCGACCCAGCCCUCCGUCUCACCUGUGGAGAAGGGUUACUACUUCAACACCAACAACCCGUACAGAGACUGGUCCAGCGCCUUCGCCGAGGGUCAGGAGAAGGCUCGGGAAGGAGACCUGAACGCAGCCGUCCUGAUGCUGGAGGCCGCCAUCUUACAGGAUCCGCAGGACGCUGAGGCCUGGCAGGUUCUGGGAACGACUCAGGCCGAGAAUGAGAACGAACAGGCCGCCAUCGUGUGCCUGCAGAGGUGUCUGGAGCUCCACCCCAACAACCUGCUGGCUCUCAUGGCGCUCGCCGUCGGCUUCACCAACAGCAGCAUGCAGAGGGAGGCGUGCGACGCCCUGCGCCGCUGGAUCACGCACAACCCCCGGUACAAACACCUCGUCCUGAGCCCGCUACAGGGCUCCCCGGCCACACCACGCAGGGACCCCCACCCCUCCACAACGGCCAGGUCUGAGCUCCAGGAUGUGCUGCUCCUCUUCCAGGAUGCGGCUCUUCUGAAUCUGGACUGUGUGGAUCCAGACCUGCAGACAGGACUGGGCGUCCUCUUCAACCUCAGCUCCGACUUCAACAAAGCAGUGGAGGCUUUUACUGCAGCGCUGUCCGUCAGACCACAGGACUACCUGCUGUGGAACCGUCUGGGGGCCACGCUGGCGAACGGAAACCGCAGCGAGGAGGCGGUGGAGGCGUACACCAGAGCUCUGGAGCUGCAGCCGGGGUUCAUCCGCUCCAGAUACAACCUGGGAAUCAGCUGCAUCAACCUCGGAGCUCACAGGGAGGCAGUCAGUAACUUCCUGACAGCUCUGAACCAGCAGAGGCGGAGUCAGCGCUGCAGCCACCAGCAGAUGUCGGCCAACAUCUGGGCCGCCCUGCGUAUCGCCAUCUCCAUGAUGGACCGGCCCGAGCUGUUCCAGGCCGCCAACGUUGGGGACCUGGACCUGCUGAUGAGGGCGUUCGACGUGGGCGACAUCUGAUGUAGGACGGGGUCUCCUGGUCGGGCAGAAGGCGUGUCUAAUGGAGAUGGAGUGAGGACGUAGUGAGCGUUGUCUCGGACGACGGACUCCAGGAGGGCGGAGUCUGGUUUCAAACCAAAGAGACGACAGGAAAAUCCUUUGCAAUAUAACAGCACAACCCUUUAGGUCCCUGUAAGAGCACUGUGUCACUGUCGUCUCAGCACUGAGGAUGUGUCUUCAGGGCGUCCACGACCUUUUAAAUUCACUUCUAGAAAAACAGUAAAGUGCAUUAAAGACGAGAUUAAAAUGUUUUUAUUUAAAGAGAAACUUAGCAGCACCUGUAGCCACGCCCAGCAGUGAUGUCACAGUGUACCAACACCCCCGCGGUGCACUCGUACAUCACAGGGUGAGUGAGAGUUAAACCACCUGAGCUCGGCAGAGCUGUUCUCACAAACUCAGCACCUCCUUCCUGUCCCCUGUGACCCACUCUGUCACGGAGUGGGCGGAGCGUGUGACACGUUUAUAAUACAGGUAACUACACCUCUGCCGCUCAUCACAGCGUUCAAACACUGAUUCGAUUUUUGAAUUUAGUUUACCUGCUGCUUCCCACUGACCUCACCUGUCCACUCUGACCUCACCUGUCCACCCUGACCUCACCUGUUCACCCUGACCUCAUCUGUUCACCCUGACCUCACCUGUCCACUCUGACCUCACCUGUCCACCCUGACCUCACCUGUUCACCCUGACCUCACCUGACCUCACCUGUCCACCCUGACCUCACCUGUUCACCCUGACCUCAUCUGUUCACCCUGACCUCACCUGUCCACCCUUACCUCAUCUGUUCACCCUGACCUCAUCUGUUCACCCUGACCUCACCUGUCCACCCUUACCUCACCUGUUCACCCUGACCUCACCUGUCCACUCUGAC